AUUGUGAGGAGCUGCGCGUGCGGUCGGUCGCUUCGCCUUUGAAGAGUCUGAUGUGAUGAACAUUUUUAAUUAAAACGAGCUGCUCUAUCAAUUAUGUGACAGUCGGCUGUUUCCAGUGUACAACGCGUCAGGAACGUUCAGGGAAUCAGUAGAGGAACAUUUUCAAGCCUCAAAGAGCCCAGCUGAUUUAGAAACUCAGGGUUCGUGCGUCCUGCUCCCUGCACAGUGCAUGACCGACCCCUCCAUAGAUUCAAAUGGCUUGCUGUCUGAAGGACGAGCUCUUGUGUUCCAUUUGUCUGAGCAUUUAUCAAGACCCAGUCAGUUUCGGCUGCGAGCACUACUUCUGCCGUAAGUGCAUCACUGAGCACUGGAGCAGACAGGAGCACCAUGGGCCGCGAGACUGCCCGGAGUGCAGGAGGACCUUCACGGAUCCCCUUCUGUCCCCGAGCCUGAAGCUCUCCAACAUCGUGGAGAGGUAUGCUGCUUUCCCUCUGGACGCCAUCCUGAACGCCCAGAGGAACUCGUACCCAUGCAAGGACCAUGAAAAGGUCAAACUCUUCUGCUUAAGUGACAAGAGCUUGGUGUGCUUCUUCUGCGAUGAGCCUGCCUUACACGAACAGCACCAAGUCACUACCGUUGAUGAGGCCUAUGAGGAAAUACAGGCUUUAGAAGCGGUUCAGACUAAUUACUUUGGCUCGCUGGUGACUCUACAAGACAGUGAGAAGGGUCAUACGGAGGCUUUGCAGCUGCUGCAGAGACAGCUCACUGAAACCAAGAUGCUUACGAAGGGCCUGACGCUUGACAUUGACAUUCAGAACCAUCAAUGCAAAAUGUUUCCUGAAGCCCAGACUCUCCUGUAG